ACUUCCGGUGGCGGCAGGGCGGGGUUUGUUGUGAGCGGACCUGAGAGAGGACACUCAGCAGGAACAUGGCGGCCGCUCGGUCCGCUGAACGGCCCGGGACCGCGGCCAGCGCCGCCGCCGGCAGGUCCCGGUCCGGAGCUGCGAGCGGCCCCGGGUCGAGUCCACCGGAGGACGAGGGGACCAAGUGCGCGGCGUGUGCGGAGGGUCCGUCCGGGGGCAGCCCGCCCUGCGGACACCCGGCCUGUCCGCUCUGCCGGGCCCGGAGACACCCAGCCACCGAGGAGCGGCUCCGGAGGAGGAGUGACCCCGAGAAGAGCAGCAGCAGGACGGGCAGGAGAGAGUUCUUUGUGUGUCCUGCUCUCUUCGCUAAGUCAGCUGACGUUUCAUCAGGAGCAAGCGGGAAACACAAGCUGCUGUUGUGUGACGACAGAGAAGAGUUUAGGAGACGUAAAGACGACUCACUGCGACGUGACGGCAUUGGAGUUCUGUCGGAUUCCGAGAACGAGGAGCCCAUCAGGAAGAUCAGGAACGUCUCUGCCUUCGUCCGGAAAACCAAAGCCUCGUUAGUUGUUGCUGGUGGUGCUCAGAGGAGUCGAAGCUGCACCGACCCGGUGGAGGUAGGAGGAGGGAAACUGAAGGUCACCGCUCAGCCGGCCAUGAUGGACCAGGUCGGGAUCAGUCACAGCUACACGGCAGGAAUCCUUCUCUCCUCUGAGAAUAGUCGCUCCGUCUCGGCUCCGAUCGCUGCUCCUGACCGGAGGCUCACCUGGCGAGCUGUGAUCACAUCAUCGUCAUCAUCUUCCACUCCUCUGGUCCUCCCUCUGCCUCAGCCCGAGCGCUCCAUCAGCCCUGAGAGCAACGACAGCAUCUCAGAAGAGCUCAACCACUUCAAGCCCAUCGUCUGCUCGCCGUGCACGCCGCCCAAACGUCUCCCAGACGGCCGUCUGUUGGAACCCACCAUUGUUAAGUCCACGCCUCGGAAUCUGACCCGCGGCCUGCAGAAAUCCACCAGCUACGAGGCCAGUCCUGCUGUGCUUCAGAAGUGGAGACAGAUCGAGCUUGAUCGCCAGAAUCUCAAAGUGAACUCCAAGGCCACGCUGACCAGCCCCAUCACAGAGGUCCACAACAAGACCAGCGUCGGCGAGGAUGCCACAAAGACUCGUGUGUCUUCUGCAGGAGACGGGCUGACAUCCACCAACAAGAGGAGGCUGCUCUUCGAUCCUCCAGCCGGAGACACGGACACCUUCCAGAAACAGUCCGUGAUGAUCCGGGUACCUGCUAUCCGCUACAGCAGUGAUGCAACUUUCAGAGGAAGUUCAGACUAUGAAUCGACAGUCGCAGUUCCUGAAUCCUGCAGCGCGGGGGUGGUGUUUAGUCGAAAACAAUCAUUCUCCCCGUAUUCUAAGAACUCUGGUUUCCAGUCAUGUAAAUUAGUGCCAAAGGACUCGCAGAGUCCCAGGAAAGAGUCUGACAGUACCAUCCACAACCAGUCUACCUCAAGGAGGGGCAAGAAGAGGAAGCAGAAGACGAAGCACCUGGACUCAGACCGCGACGCUGACAUGAAGAGGAGCCGGCCCGGCAGCCAGGACGCCUUCGACGAGCGGUACAUCUGUCAGAUCCAGCAGGAGCGCCAGGACCGGGUCCUCGCCCUAAAGCUGCAGAGACAGUUUGACCUGGAGAACCAGACUGUCAACCGCAGGAGGAGCCCCGACACGUACUUCCUGCGAUCCUGGAUGUCCAAUCAGAACCGCAGGAGGCGUGGUCUAAGGAGAUCCCGACGAAUCAACAAGAAGUACUAAAAAGGAUUUGUCUGCUGACUCAGCACAAUGUCAGACAGGAAGUGGUUCAAAUAUGCAAAGUGAUGAGAGGUUUGAUGAGUAUGAAUGUUUUUCAAUCGUCGUCUCAGCAGCGACAAGUUUAAUGUCCUGAACAUGUUUUAUUUUCUUUGCACCAGCAAAUCACCAAAAACUGACUCAGUGAGACCAAGGUGAAAAUGAUCCGCUGCGAUAGAAACACAUCGUCAUGACGACCCAACACAGAUCACUGAUUAAUUUUACAUUAAACUGAUGUUGCAGCAAUAAUUGAUGGUAACUGAUCAAUGAUCAAUAAACAGUUUAUCAUUUGUCUUCACUGUUCCAUCAAACAGACGCCGCUUAAAGACAGAACCAUUUUCACUGUUGAUUCACCUGCACGUUAUAUUUCAUCAACUUCAUUGAAACAUCACCGAUGGUUGGAAACGAUCAAACAGUAUCAAAAUAAAAACCUGUGGAUCGUCUGUUGAGCCGAUGUGUAACAACAAAGACAACUUGGGCCUCCUGUGUCUCAGGCACAAGUUGUGCAUGUGUCCAAGAAAUGCUAUAGACACAUGGAACAGUAGGGGGCAGUGUAGUUUACGAUCUGAGUGCUGUGUUGCGCCCUCUAGUGGGAUAAUCAUGUAACAUGUAAUACACAGUAUGCAAACACACUGUUACGAGGCUCAUCAUUAUGCAGACUCUGCUCCUCUGAUGUUUUCUAAUCAUCACACUUAGAACUGAUCUUUAUAAAAACCUGCUGAAUUCAUAUUUAUGUUCCUGGAUAAACGGGGCGUCGCAUCUUCUGCAACAAAGAAGUUAAAGCACUGUGUUAUGUCGUCAUCUGGGGGAAGAACUUCCGUCUGCAGGAGUGUGUCUUUAUUUGUCUCUCGCUCUUCACACAAACUGACAAUCACAUUUAUUAAGUUAUUAAUCGAUAGUGCAGGAUCAUGAAUCUGGAUCAUUCAGGUCACUAACCCUGAUGUCCUGACUGCGUCUCAUGUGUGUAGCAGGUGAACUUUGUGCUCACAAAAUGUUGGACUUUUUUUCAAUGUGUUAAAACGUGUCUCAUACACUCGACGUAUCAAACAAACACAAACUAAACUUCAGUUCUGUUCAGGUCCUAAUAACCUCGGAUCAGGGCUGGUGUUGAUUGUUGAUGUGUAAAGUGAGGCAGGUCAGCGGGGACAGCUCGGAACAUAGUGGAAACCCGACAGUUCGUGAAUGCAUCUAUUGUAUUAACCAAAUUAACCGACAUGAGCAAGAGUAAGUCAACUAGAGUUCGUAAAUGUCGGUUUUGAUCAUUUUCGGUGGAUUGCCAAAUGGUUACUGUAGUCCAGACGGAGAUUCACCUCAUUACUCUGCAGGAGAGAAAGUCAUGUGACAGGACGAGCGAGCCUCAUUGGUAGUUGUGAUGAAAUAAUUCGGUGGAAGCAGGAAGUGAGAUAACUUGUCGUAUUGGCGUUCUGUGAAGCGAACACUAACCUGAGCUAAGGUUAGACCUCAGCAGCUGAUUACUUUUUUAUAAAAAGAAAAUACAUCUUGUUUUGUUAAAUCAUCAGUGAAAACACCAUCUUAAAUCUGACAAGAAACAGGAAAUGACCUCAACUGUUUAGUUAAAUAGUUUCUGUUUAUUUUACUGUCGAUCGAUUUAUUGAUUAAUGAUAUAUUGACUAUAGAUUAUUGAAACAGAUUGUUGAUAGAUUAUGUUAAAUAUUGAAAAGAGCUAAAUAUAGCUACGUGAGGCUAAAGUGGAUUUAAUCAGAGUUGAGAUUAAAGUAAAAAAGCUGAGUUUGUUUCUGAUGAAUUUGCCGAUGAAGUUUAUCUGACAGCGACCCAGAGAUAAAGUGGAGCCGAGGGAACACAACUUUAUUAAAGAAACAGUCACAGAAAACGUCUCAACGCUUCAACCUUCAUCAGUUGAUUUUAAAAUGUAAAAACAAACCAAAUGUAAUAAGUUGUUUUACUGUGUAAUGUGAUCACAUGACUUCCUCUCAGCUGCCUCCUGUUUCUGAGUGACAUGAAUAUCUGAUGAUUGAUGAUUGACAGUCUGUGUGUCUGAUGGAGCUGAAGGGCUUUUUCUCCCCUGAUGAUACUGAUAUGCACAUUUUCUAAAGUAGGUGUGAAGCUUUGAUGGUUGAGUUGAUGCAGUGUUUUCAUGCUGAGUGCCAAACCACCACAGACGGAUGGACCAUGUUUCUAUAGUGAUUCACUAGUUUUAUAUGACGGCGAGGAGGAGACCAAGAAAAACUAAAUGACCUGAGACCA